UGCAGUUUCAAACACAAAGCCCUAAUUUUUCGAACCACUGUGAAUUCCCAUGGAAAAUGGAGACGAUUGGCUUGCUCUUGAUAAAGCUUACCAUUUCCUCUUCUGCUUCUUUAUCGUAGUUUUUGUCUCGCAAAUGGCUAAAUUUAGCAGAAACCCUCUAGUAAGAAGAAGGGGCAUUUGGCUUGGAUCACUGCUAUCUUUAGUUGCAGGAGCUGCAAAGGAAAUUGGAGAUGAAAUGGGUUAUUGGCAUUCAGCAGGAGGUUCUCUAAAAGAUGGAGUUGCAGAUAUUGCAGGCGUUUUAUUGGCUUCUUCUUCUCUUUUCCUCUUGGAAUCGAUGCGAAAACCAAUGGGUUUGGGCCAAAAUCAAGGCGUUUUGAUGGUCUAGUUUUUGGUGCAACAGGCGUUGUUAAAUCUAUCUGGAGUUGUUUGAGAAAGCGAGAUUCAAUACCCAAAUGAGGGACAGUUUUGGUGGUAUAUUUGUGUCUGCGAAGUGUUUGGCUAAAUUUAACGGAGAAAAGUUGAAUUGGAAUAUCACAGCUACUGGUUCUGUCACCUGAGUUAUUGCUUGCCUACACCAAUGAAACUAAGAAACCUCUUUUCUCUAGUUAUUGUCGAAUCGACGAAAAAAACAAGGGAAUUAGCCCAAAAUCAAGGAGUAUUGAUGGGGUAAUUGCUGGUGCAAAAUUUCGUUCUAGACUUAUAAGUAUUUGUGCUGGGUCAAUUAUCUGGAAAUCGUUCAGGAACAGAGAUUUCAUAGCUACUGGAUCUGACAUUCGGGUUUCAAACGACAUGGAGAACUCUGUUUUCAGGCAACCCAAAAGGGGAAAGGAGUACGAGGUUGUGGAGACUUUUAGGAGAUCUUUUCCUAAAAUUCCAGGCAAAAAUCGAUUCAUCUGGUCUUCUCUCUAGAUUUGUCUCUCUCCCUUCAUAUGAUACCAUCUUUCUUUUUGGAGAGCAAACAACGAUGACGAUGACCAUCUCCUGCUCUCAACAACUGUACUAAUGCCAGACACCCAUCUUCCAUAAAUGCAAUAUUUCUUUGGUCUUUAUUCGCCGCCGUUGAAUAUGUCAUCUACUCACCAUAAACAUCUCCAUCUGUUGCCAUAAGCAAGUUACUGUCCCUGCGGCAAACAUGGAUGACCCACACAUACGAACUCAAUCCGUCUAAUUGGAAGGGGACAAAAUUUUGGAAAGGCUAGAAAUUGCUAGUUGAUGGUAAGCUUUUGCAUAAGUUCUAAUUUUCUACCCUAAUUCUCUGAAAAUAUUUUUGGACUUUAGGGUUUGGAGCACAUCUUGAUUCCUCAAUCCCAUGAAAUUUGGAGAGUUUUUGCUCUCAUACCAGUUAUCAUAAGAUAGGGCUUGACUGUACAAUGAUUACAUCAGACAUUGCAGAAAUUGGGUUCCCCAGAGAUUAUAGAGGUCAUAAGAUAUGUCAUUGUGUAUAUGUCACAGCUAAUUUCAUAUUCUUUAGUAAAUUUUAAUUCAAAGAUUGCUCCCUUAGGGGCAUUUUCA